GCAGGUCCGGUAAUUAAGGUUAAAAUCCCUAAGGACAGAGACGGUCGACCCAAGCAGUUCGCGUUUGUGAAUUUUAAACACGAAGAAUCUGUCCCUUAUGGAUUGAGCCUGCUUAACGGGAUCAAACUCUACGGCAGACCCAUCAAAAUUCAGUUCCGAUCAGGGAGCAGUCACGCAUCUCAGGACGGCAAUCCAUCUUGCUCCCUGCACGGAGCUGCCAACAUGAGCCCGUCUGGCACGCCGCAUCUGGCAGCGGGCUCUAGCAGAUACGACAGGAGUCCUGACCAUGUGGUAGCAGCGGGAUUCUCGUCGGUGCAGCGGUCUCUGCCCUCUGCUGAUAACCUCCAGAGACAAGCGGUGAUGAACAGUGCAUUGUGGCAGCAGUCUCAGUUCGGGGGGAAGUACGAGCAGCCCGGCUUCGCCCCGCCCGGCUACCAGCACGCUCCUCACGCCUUUCACCCCUCGCCGGGCUCCCAAAUGCCGCGGCGCCCGGAGGUGCCAGCACCGCGCAAGGGCAGGCUGGGCGCCCACCCCUACCACCCGGACAGCAGGCACUUCGGCCGCGAUCA